AUGAAGCUGAUCCAACAAUCCCUUCUUACCCUAACUCUCCUCCUCCCAGCAACCAUAGCUGGCCACCCUACCUCACAUCCUCCCGAAGAACUCCAAGCCCAAAAACACAACUGGACCUUUGACCUAUUCCACAACAAGCACUGCGUUGGCACUGCAGUCAGCUACACGGGACAGGGGUCCUCGGGCUGCCGCACCAACCUCGAGAAUGGAGGUGCGGAGGCUCUCAUCAACGUCAAUAUCGAUCGGAGCUGUAAGGUGAAAUUGUUCAGGGAUAAGAAGUGUUCACGGCAUUCGAUGGUCGAAGAGAUCAAGACUGGAAGUACUACAAAGUGUAGACCCAUCUCACGGAAGAAGACAGUCCACAGUUUUGAGGUAUCUUGUCAGUGA